AUAGCUUAUUGUUCCUUAAGCCUAUCCCUCACUCAAGAUUUGAGGCUGUUAAAACGAUGAAGUGUAGAUUUGGUUCUGUUUUCGUGAUUCUUGUGCUUUUAACAAUCGCGCGGAGUCGAAAAAUAUAUUCAGGAAAAGAAAUCGACUUGAAACGUUUAUGCGGAGUAUGGUAUCUCACACUUGGUGUAAAUACCUGGGACUGGAAUGUUUUGUGGGGAUGUCACCUCAUGGUACCUUUCAAUACAACAGAGAACGAUAUGAAUGUUUACUCAUACAAAUAUCCCAAGAACAAAUUAGAUGCUCAUGUUUCAAUCAUCGAUGAUGUGAGGCGGGACUCUUUGGGUUAUUAUUGGAUAUAUUCACAAACGGAUGGUCAAUCACAAAGGAGAUCAGGCAUCAAUAUUGAAUCCUCUCAAGUCCAAGGUCAGAAAAUUUUGCAAUGUUUCACCCGGACUCCAUCGUUAUCUGGCGAGGAGAUUUCCAAGUUGACGUCGUUUGCAACUGAACAAGGAAUCGACGCAGCGACGUUAACUACCUUCGGAUGUGGAGAUCUGGUUCCGUCAGACUAUUUGUUGGGUUAACAAUAUUAUUAGCAUUUUUGUGCAAUGUCGUUUUAGUUGUAAUUAUUCAGAAGUGGUCUUAAAUCUUUAUGAAACAAAAACACCGAUUAUACAAGUAUAAAAUUUGUUGUGAUUUAUCAAAAAUUUGAUUCUUGACAUAUUAGGUGGGAACAUUCAAACCGUUUCUUCUUAAUGCAUAAUCACACAAAAAAUAUUUUUCUUGAAAUUGAUUUCAUCAUUGUUUGAAAUAAAAGAUCUUCAAGAUCUAUACUAUCG